AUGGGGCCUGAUUUGUCGAUGAGUGGGACUUGUGCGUAUAAUCCCUUCUUCCUCCUCCUCUGGCUCACACUCACACUCACUCCACCCAUCGGAGCUCCCGAAGUAAGUGCAUCCGGCCAGCCAGCCAUGGUGAUCGACGAGCAAAACAAAAGCAAGAGAGGGACGCCAGCGGGUGUUCCCCACUCUGCCAAGUCCAAGACGGGGCAGAAGAUGGUCCAUCGAAGGCGCCCUUUGCUUGAUGAAGGCAGCAGCAGCCGAAACGAAGACGGCGGCGGCGACGAUUUUGAGCCUACGGCUAUGGGAGGGACGCCAGCGGGUGAUUCCCCCCAUUCUGCCAGGACCAAGAUGGGACAGAAGAUGUCAUUGGCGCAUCGAAGGCUCUCUUUGCUUGACGAUGGCAGUAGAAUCAGUAGACACAUUGCUGCUGCUGCUGCUGCGGCUGAUGAUGAUGGUGGUGGUUCUGAGCAGAUGGGUGAGGAGUUCACUGUUGAUGUUGCUCAGAAGAAUACGGCAGUUGAUGACAGCGAUGAUCCAGAUGGUAGCGGGGAUGACUUUGUUCCAUUGAUAAUGAUGAGAACCAAGAAUGUGAAGAGUGAGCCUGGAAAGCAUCCCGGCUUCCGAUAUAAACACAAAGCCCAGAGAACUAUCAAUAAAACUUAUAAAAGGAAGAAGACAGGGAGGUCAGCAGGUCCAGUAUAUGCCAAGAGAAAGAUAGAGAAGAAGCCAAGAUUGGUUGGCAGCAACAACAUUAGUAAGAUAUCUGAUGAUGAUGGCCAGAAGAAAUAUGCAAGAGCUUUGGAGGUAGAAAAGAAAUUGCCAGCAGAAGGUCCGACCCCCAUGUCCCAUCCAUCUCCUCAACCGCCGCCGCCACUCUCUCCCUUGGGCGCCUCCCACAUCCCCUCCUCAUCUCCCCCCCGCACCAACCACAGCUCCACCUCGUCUUCAGCGCCGGGCCAACCAGCAUCGCCGCUGGCACCAGCCACACUGGAUCGAUCCAGCGGCCAGGGAACAGUGACACCGCUCCGCCCCGUCAUGCCACCUCUCCCUUCCUUCUUCCCGUUUCUUCCUUCUCCUCUCACAUAUGGCUCCCUCUCUUUUUCCCUCGAAGAAGCCCGCCAUGGCGUCCAGGAGGCUUCAGGCACCAAUAGCUCCGGUUCCGCGUCGGCUCCACCAUGGGAAUGGACGGAUCCGUCGUCCUCGACCCCAGGACCUCCUCCUAUGUGCCUCUCCAUCAUCAUCUCUGGCGCCAAGCUGCCGCCAAGCCUUGUCCCGCCGGAGCUCCGAGUCCAUCUCUGCCCUGCGCCAAGUCCCUGCCUCCUCUGCUUCUAG